CUGCUCGGAGGCGGCAGGUGGCAACACCCCUUCCCAUCAGCUAAUCCUGUUCCUCUGCCCAGGGUGGGAUCCCACCAAGUAGCCAGUGCAACGGCUUAGGAGCGCCCGGAACUGGGCGGCAGUGCGUUCUGAGAAGGGGCGUCUGGACGAGAGCGCACCAGAAGCCGCGCGCACUCUGCUUCGGACUUGGCCACGCAGAGCUAAGCUCUUGGGCUGCUCUCAGCGCUUAGCCCGCCACAACUGCCUCAGCGGAACAGCGGACUGUCGAGGUCCUCGGAAGCCAGGCACCAGGGCUGCCAUGAUGAUGCUGGUGACCUCCCUAGCGAAGUCACCCCCAUAUGCCGACGCGAAGACCUAGGCGAGUCAAGGUGCCAGGCACCAGUCUACUUCCAGCCUGCGGAGACUCCUCUCUAUCCCUGCUUCUAUCCCUAUGCUUUCCAAGGACUUGGAACAGGAGAGGUGGCCAGAAAGCUUGUUGGUUCGCUCUGGUGGCCAAGUUUGGGAGGCUGGCACUCAGACACUUCAAAACUGACCACUACCAUCGCCGAGCUGUACCCAGGGCGCUGUCUUGCAACCCUCACCCCUUCCAGCGGGAGAAAUGUAGCAAAAGGGAAGGUGGUGUCCAGAGCUGACAGUCUAACAUUAUAUGGGGGAGGAGGAACGCAAGGGAUUGGGGGACUAAGGUAGCUUCAGUGAAACCCAGUAAGUAAGCCUCUGCCACGGCCGGCGGGAGGCGCAUAUGCCACCUAAUCGGUGGUGGCUACGACUUGACACUCAGACCAGGUCACUCAGAGAAGAGGCUGAGCGCUCAGUCCGCUGCUCCCUGGGACCACUUGAUACCCCGCGGAGCCUCAUUGCCGGGUUCCCCCAGACACCAGCCAAGGGAAAGUUCUGGUCGCCCAAGCUACCCUUGCUAUUUGCUGAGCCCCCUUCUGCCCUGGGCUCUGCAAGUGUCAACUUGGGUGCAGAGAGACGUUUGGGUGUCCAAAACUGCACCUUCACUACCCAUUUGGACAUCUCUAUUAACCCCCAGUACCCUCUUUCAGGCAUCCUCCCCCCGUCCUUCAUCCCCUCCCCCAAACUAUAGCCUGAGCUCGCUCUUGUGCGCGCGCUCUCUUGGGCCCAAGUGAAUAGUCCUCCUCGCUGGAGCGGGACACGGAGGUGGAUGCAAUUCCCCUCGCCUCUAGCCGCCCGGAGUUCCCCGGCGGCGCAGGCAGCACCCUCCUCCGAAGCAGCUGCUCCUGCACCUGGACAGCCUGGACCCUCGUGCCCUGCUCACGGGGCCUCGCGCGGGGGGCGCCCCGGGACUUCCCCUGCGGGCCGGGUGGAGGAGGAAGAAGAGGAGGAAGAAGAAGAGAGCUCGGGCCAGAACCCCCACCCUAUCAGGAACACCUGGCUGCGUUACUGCCACUUCUUUUUAAAGGAGAGAAGAGAGCCAGUGAGAGCCAUGGGGGGCUGCGAAGUCCGGGAAUUUCUUUUGCAAUUUGGUUUCUUCUUGCCCCUGCUGACAGCUUGGACAGGCGACUGCAGUCACGUCUCCAACCAAGUUGUGUUGCUUGAUACAACUACCGUGAUGGGAGAGCUAGGAUGGAAAACAUAUCCAUUAAACGGGUGGGAUGCCAUUACUGAAAUGGAUGAGCACAACAGGCCCAUACAUACAUACCAGGUAUGCAAUGUCAUGGAACCAAACCAAAACAACUGGCUUCGGACUAAUUGGAUCUCUCGUGAUGCUGCACAGAAAAUUUACGUGGAGAUGAAGUUCACACUGAGAGAUUGUAACAGCAUCCCAUGGGUCCUGGGAACUUGUAAAGAAACAUUCAAUCUGUAUUAUAUAGAAUCGGAUGAGUCCCAUGGGACUAAAUUCAAGCCAAGUCAAUAUAUAAAGAUCGACACAAUUGCUGCUGAUGAGAGCUUUACUCAGAUGGAUUUGGGUGAUCGCAUCCUUAAGCUCAACACUGAAAUUCGUGAGGUGGGGCCCAUAGAAAGGAAAGGAUUUUAUUUGGCUUUUCAAGACAUUGGAGCAUGCAUUGCCCUGGUCUCAGUCCGUGUUUUCUACAAAAAAUGCCCCUUCACUGUGCGGAACUUGGCUAUGUUUCCUGAUACCAUCCCGAGGGUUGAUUCUUCAUCUUUGGUUGAAGUGCGGGGUUCAUGUGUGAAGAGUGCUGAAGAGCGGGAUACGCCUAAACUCUACUGUGGAGCUGAUGGAGAUUGGCUUGUUCCUCUUGGAAGGUGUAUCUGCAGUACAGGGUAUGAAGAAAUUGAGGGAUCCUGCCAUGCUUGCAGACCAGGGUUCUAUAAAGCAUUUGCUGGGAACACAAAAUGUUCCAAAUGCCCUCCACACAGCUCAACCUACGUGGAAGCAACUUCCGUCUGUCAGUGUGAAAAGGGUUACUUCAGGGCAGAAAAAGACCCACCUUCUAUGGCAUGUACUAGGCCACCCUCAGCUCCUAGAAAUGUGGCCUUUAACAUCAAUGAGACAGCCCUGAUUUUGGAAUGGAGCCCACCUAGUGACACAGGAGGGAGGAAGGAUCUCACAUACAGUGUAAUCUGUAAGAAGUGUGGCUUAGACAAUAGCCAGUGUGAAGACUGUGGUGGAGGACUCCGCUUCAUCCCACGACACACGGGACUGAUCAACAAUUCCGUGAUUGUACUUGACUUCGUGUCUCAUGUCAAUUACACCUUUGAAAUAGAAGCCAUGAAUGGAGUUUCUGAGCUGAGCAUUUCUCCCAAGCCGUUCACCGCUAUUACAGUGACCACUGAUCAAGAUGCACCUUCUCUAAUAGGUAUGAUGAGGAAGGACUGGGCAUCCCAAAACAGCCUUGCGCUAUCGUGGCAAGCACCUGCUUUUACCAACGGAGCUAUUCUGGACUACGAGAUCAAGUACUAUGAGAAAGAGCAUGAGCAGCUCACCUAUUCCUCCACGAGGUCCAAGGCCCCCAGUGCCAUCAUCACAGGUCUCAAGCCAUCCACCAAGUACAUAUUUCAUAUCCGAGUGAGGACUGCGGCAGGAUACAGUGGCUACAGUCAGAAGUUUGAAUUUGAAACAGGAGAUGAAACUUCUGACAUGGCAGCAGAACAAGGGCAGAUCCUGGUAAUAGCCACGGCAGCUGUUGGAGGAUUCACACUCCUAGUCAUCCUCACUCUCUUCUUCCUCAUCACUGGGAGGUGUCAAUGGUACAUAAAGGCUAAAAUGAAAUCAGAAGAGAAGAGAAGAACACACUUACAGAAUGGCCACCUGCGAUUCCCAGGAAUUAAAACAUACAUUGAUCCAGACACCUAUGAAGAUCCAUCCCUAGCAGUCCAUGAAUUUGCAAAAGAGAUUGAUCCUUCAAGAAUUCGCAUUGAGAGAGUUAUUGGAGCAGGUGAAUUUGGGGAAGUCUGCAGUGGGCGUUUGAAGACACCAGGGAAAAGGGAGAUCCCAGUUGCCAUUAAAACACUGAAGGGUGGUCACGUGGAUCGACAAAGAAGAGAUUUUCUGAGAGAAGCGAGCAUCAUGGGUCAGUUUGACCACCCCAACAUCAUUCGCCUAGAAGGUGUUGUCACGAAAAGAUCCUUCCCAGCAAUUGGCAUGGAAGCCUUCUGCCCCAGCUUCCUGAGAGCUGGGUUUCUAAACAGCAUCCAGGCCCCACAUCCAGUGACAGCGGGAGGAUCUCUGCCCCCCAGGAUUCCUGCUGGCCGACCAGUAAUGAUCGUGGUUGAGUAUAUGGAGAAUGGAUCCCUCGACUCCUUUUUGCGGAAACAUGAUGGUCACUUCACUGUCAUCCAGUUGGUCGGCAUGCUGCGGGGCAUCGCAUCAGGCAUGAAGUAUCUUUCUGAUAUGGGAUAUGUUCAUCGAGACCUAGCAGCCAAGAAUAUAUUGGUGAACAGCAACUUAGUGUGCAAAGUCUCUGAUUUCGGUCUCUCCCGAGUACUGGAGGAUGAUCCGGAAGCGGCUUAUACAACAACUGGUGGGAAAAUCCCUAUACGGUGGACGGCCCCAGAAGCUAUUGCCUACCGAAAAUUCUCUUCAGCAAGUGAUGCCUGGAGCUACGGCAUUGUCAUGUGGGAGGUGAUGUCCUAUGGAGAGAGACCAUAUUGGGAAAUGUCCAACCAGGAUGUUAUUUUGUCCAUUGAAGAAGGUUACAGACUUCCAGCUCCGAUGGGCUGCCCACCGUCUCUGCAUCAGCUCAUGCUCCAUUGCUGGCAGAAAGAAAGAAACCACAGGCCAAAAUUUACUGACAUCGUUGGCUUCCUUGACAAACUGAUCCGCAAUCCCAGUGCCCUUCACACGCUGGUGGAGGACAUUCUUGUAAUGCCAGAAUCCCCUGGCGACGGUCCUGAAUAUCCAUUGUUCGUCACAGUUGGUGACUGGUUGGAUUCUAUAAAGAUGGGGCAAUACAAGAGUAACUUCAUGGCAGCAGGCUUUACAACGUUUGAUCUGAUCUCAAGAAUGAGCAUCGAUGAUAUUAGACGAAUUGGAGUCAUACUCAUUGGACAUCAGAGACGAAUAGUCAGCAGCAUACAGACUUUACGUUUACAUAUGAUGCACAUACAGGAGAAGGGGUUUCAUGUAUGAAAGUACUAUAAACACCUGUAUUUUGUGCCUCAGCAUUUCUACAAAGAAAGAUAUACCCUCUACAACUCAUUCUUCUGAAUCUCCAGACAUCCCUUCACAACCCACAGUCUCCUGUUCAGACUAUGGCUGCACACCUUACGUUUAUGCUUCCACCCUGGAUUUCAAUAUCCUGCUACACAGGUCCUCUCUGAAUAGCCUGCAAAUGAAACUCUGGCCCACUGCAGAUUAUCACUACAUAAUGAUAAAUAACUCAGCAUGAAUGUGUAACUUUGUAUAGAAAUGUUUGGGAAGUGUUCAUGGACUUAACCUAAAGGAAUGUGUUCAGGUGUGGCAUCUUCAAAGAUGUAUGUAGCGUUUGAUGAUAGAUAAGAAAGAAAUAGUUGACCAUUCUUCCAUGUUUUGUGAUCAAGUAGCUUCCAACUUGACAUGCUUCUUUUUUGAUAGUUUCUCUCAACUCUGCGGGUUGUACUAUUGUUUUAUUUUUAAUAACUGUUGGUGCCUGAUGUUACAACGAUUUGCAGAAAUGAUCAAUGACUCCAUGUAGUGCAUUUGUGUCAGGUGUGAAUACAGUAUGAAGGGCAUUGUUGGGGAGGGAGAUGGACAAAAAUACUGUGCUUUUAAAUAUUCUAAGGCUGGGUUUGUCUAUAUUUUUAAAUUAACUUUAUAAGGUUCUACACAUUUCAUAGUAGGUGGUUGUUUAGAGGAUUUUCCCCCUCUAAUUUUUUACUAACUAUACUGUAUUUCUCUAGUAUGUUACAAGAAUUACCCUUGGAAAGACCAAGAGUGAGUCCAUUACUCUGAUAGUUUUCAUAGACAGACACAUGGAGUAAACCUAUGGCUGUUGUCUUGAAUUCAUCCUCACGAGUAUGACAAACAAAUAUCAAAGCAUUGAGACAGUUUAUUGUUCACAAUAUGACCUUUUUCUUAAAUAGAAGUUCUAACAUAGUAGCCAUAGACUAAAUGGGAAAUGAUUUACUGAGUUUAAGAUAACUUGCAGUGCCCCAAGGUAAUAAACACAACUAUUUGAUUGAUAACUGGUGUUCUUCCAACUUUAACAACUGAAAUAUUUUGUUCACAAAAAUAAGCUAUAUGAACACUCUGAGGUGUUCUCAAAAUCUUCUAAGAAAUUAGCAUGGAUACCAUAAACAUGAUAUAAAUAGAUCUCACAUUUAAGCAUAUAUAUAUAUAUAUAUGCACAUAUAUAAUGUGAAAAUUGCAGUCUAUUGUAGUAUAUAAAAAUAACACAUCUAACAUGUAUUGUCAUAAUCUUCUCUGAGGCUUACAGCAAAAAAAAAAAGCAAAUGUAUUUUUCCAGUGAAUUUGUCAGCUUAUCAAAGUAGUGCUCCCUUUAAAACAAACUCAACUAUAAAAUUAUCUGCUCCCAUGAAACCAGAAAAAUUACCAUUGAGAUGAGUGAAAAAUAAGCUGGUUAUUGAGGAAAGAAAAAUGCAGAUCAGACUGUCUAAAGAUGCAGAUUUAGUGAACUAACUUUUAUUCAGUGUCAGAGACAAGGCAUCCUCUCCACAUCCCUAAAUUCCUGCUGACAUUCUACGAGAGGAUAAAACUGGUUCCACUUAGGGAUCCUCACUUCUUUUCCUUUUAGUUUUGUUUGCAAGAUUUUUUUUUGAUUUGUAUAAAUAUCAUCCACAAGAUAUGCUUUAUUUCAACAAUAGCUUUUACAUCAAGGCCUCCAUGAAAUGGACAUUUAAGAAUUUGAUGUACAUUAUUGAUAAUACUUAUUUGUAUAAUUAUUGAUUUAAGUUAUUAUUUAUUUUGACUAUAUCACAUACUCCAUGAGAAACAGAAUCUUGGAUUUUACUUAUCUCUAUAAAAUAGCAACUUAGACUCUAGAAAUGAUAAAUAUUUCAUUGUAAGCAUUCAAGAGACAUGUGUUGACUAAACUUGUGAGAGAAGAGUAUAGUCACCCUCUCAGAGUGGCAUGCCUAGACAUUGCAAGCUAUUACCUUGCUCAAUGCCUCACAGUAAGUGACCAUGAAGUGGAUGGAUAUGGGGAAUUUUUUUUUAUACAAGAUCAUUCUACAUUUCUUUCGCUGAUUCAUCUUCCUGGUUUUGCUCCUCCUGUUGCAGCUUAAUUUUUCUCAUUUCAACAACAACAAAAAAGCAUGUAUAGAGAUAAAAGGGUGUCUUUAGAGUAUUCCUUGACUAAACAGAAAAAGAAAAGGGUGGAAUUCCAUCCCUCUUUAAGCAAGUGUGUCAGAAAUAGCUGGUAAUAUUUUCUAGCCACCUUCAUGCAUGGCCAUGCAUCACUCAUAGACUCUCGGCAAUUCGCUUGAUACAUUUACGCAAAUCUGGAUACAUUUAGGAGAAAUACAAAAUUUCCAUAUUUAUCUGUCUUUAAAUAACUAUUAAAUGAUAACAGAUGAUUAAAUUUAUUAAUCAUAUAUAUUUAUUUUUAUAAAACAGCAAAAAGGUAUUUAGAAAAAUAAGAAAUAGAAUAAUAUGGUCCAUCAUAGGACUCUGUCUACAGCAUCUGUAUGCCUUGAUGAAAUAAAUUCUAUAGUAGUAUUUAAAAUUCUGUGGGAUUUACAUUCAGUAGUGGCAACAUUAAGAAUCUGUUAAUGGUUUUCAUUUAAAGUGUGAUGAUGUAAUUCUAUUUCUAGUUAAUUUGCAUUUCUAUAUAUGUCUUUCCUGAUUUAUUAAAACAUUCUCUUUUUAUUCUCUAAUCCCAUGUCCUCUUCCAAGUUUUGUAAAAUUAUGUUUACUUACCAAGCUAUGAGGAUCAUAAUGUUAAGUGUAAUAUGAGCUUCAUUAUGAACAGAACAAGGCAGAAAUGUGUGCAAAAUUAAAAAUAACAUUAAAAUGUAAGAAUAUUUCUUUGCUGCCUAAUGGUCAUGCACUCUGUGAUCCAAGAGAAAUUAAGAUCUCAAAAUAUAGCUGGGCGGUGGUGACGCAUGCCCUUAAUCCCAGCAUUCAGGAGGCAGAGGCAGGCAGAUUUCUGUGAAUUCAAGGCCAGCCUGGUCUACAAGAGCUAGUUCCAGGACUGACUCCAUAGCUACAGAGAAACCCUGUCGCAAAAAAGCAAAAAACAAACAAACAAGAAAAGAUCUCGGGAUGUUAAUGAUUAAAAUACCAAAUGCAGAUGGCAAUAUAACAUGAAACAUUCUGAGAUUUCCCAUUCUGGGGUUUACUGGUGCCUGUGCUCAAUAACUAAAUUUAUUUGAUACAUACAAUCAUAAGAUAAUUAUCCAAAAAUAAGCUAAUGACUUUCAUAAUUAUAGUUAGGAAUAAUCCCUUAUAACUAAAAAUAUACAUAUACAUUAUAUACUUGCUGUUAAGAAAUCUUAAUCAAUUCUAAUGAGUGAGUUCUUAGAUUUUUGAAAAUCAGACCAUGUAAAUUUUUUUUUUAUUUUCUCAAAGUCAACUUCUGGUCUAUAGCCAAAAAUGUAAAACGAAUGUACAAUCAAGAACAAAGAUGGUGUAUUGAAAUCAUUCAGCUAAAAGGUAUCUGAAAUGAUGACAGUGUAACAGGAAGGAAGAAUUAUAGAAAAUUUGCAAGAUUGUUCUACAACUACUGAUAAGUGCGUUACACAUGCUAUAAUCACAGAUUAUACUGCAUAUCACUACCUAAAGCCUGCCCAGCUGUAAACUGGAUAAGGCAGCCUUCCAGUUACAACUCAAAAGCCUCUCAUAGCCCACAAUAGAAAAAAAGACAAAUUUAAUCUGUGAAAAGUAAAGUUUUAUAAAGUUCUCUAUGGCAGUGAUAGUGAAGAGGAAAUUGCAUAUCAUCCAACCUGCGUCCUAAAUGUCGGUUUUGAUAUCUUUCAAUAUUAAAUGUACGCUCUAGGAGAAAAUCAGUUAACUUUCAUCUUAAGAUUUUUAUCAGUAUUGUAUUUUUUUAUAUUCCUUUAUUAAAAUUUUCAGCCCUCUCUCUCUCUUUUUUUUUUUUUUUUUUUUUUUGUUUAAAUCCCCCAUCCAAUCGCUUUUCUUUCUCAGGUUCUAUCAAUAUAGUCAUUAUAUCAAAUAUAAUGCAAAACACAACAAGUCUAAAAAAGCCUUGUAAAUUUCCAUGGAAGCAGCUGAAUGGCAGGGUAGGUUGAAAAAAUUAUAUAUUGGGUCUUCGCAUACAAAUGGAAGCCCUUCAGAUUAGAAGGUGUGUGUUCUGACUUUGCCUAACAGAAAAUUAAGCACAAAGGAAAGAAAUUCAAAAUAGAGUAUUGCUUCUGCAUCUUCACAACUUGAAUUUCAUGUAGUCAAAAAAAACUCAUAUCCAUAAUUAAUCAAACAUAUUUGAUACUUUAUUUAAACAGAAGAGGAGUAGAUUAGGUACAACUGGGGACGUUCAUUUGUCCUUCAUGUGUUUGAGUCAUACUUUUCCUUUUUAUGAUCAACAUUCCCAACAUCCUUUCUCAUUUUUAUAAUGUUCAGAAAAAUAUACGUUUUAUUUACCAUAGUUGAAUAAAACAGCAUGCUUACAAUACACAUAAUUAUUUUUUCACAAAAAUGAAUUUAAGUACACUGUUGUUGGCCACUCUUAAUCCCUGAGUUUAAAGUUUAGAUUGGAGCCUCCUGGCAGUUUGCUAUAGUGACUCUUUCAUGUGGGAUUAGAUCUUGCUCUAGAAUAAAUCUAAACAAGUAGGAGUUAGUCAAGUGUGAAGUGCAUGUUUAUUUUCCAUCAGAAUGAUAUAUUUUGAAACUUGGAAUCUCUUAAAAUUCUUCCCAAAGACCCAUUACUUUUUUUGGUAGUGGAAAUCAUGCUUUGUGGGUUCUCUAGGAUCUUACCAUGAAGUCAGUCCAUAUAUGAACUUAUUCUUCUGAUAGCCUGUAAAAACAUCAUUUCAUUUCAAACCAAACCUGAAACUAAUCUCAUACCUGAGCUAAUUUUUCUAGUAGAUGUAAUAAUAUGCACUUCAAAGUUUACACAAAAUCCUUUCCAACAGGAUCAGUUAACCAGGGAAAGAAGUGAUUGCCCAUGACUAAAAUGAACAGAGUCAAAGGGAACAAAAACCUUAUAUUGCAUAAAAAUAAAUGUCCCAUCUUCAUCUUAUUGUUCCCAUUAAAAGUCAAUAUUUAGGCAUAUGCUUUAAAGAUUUAUUAGAAAAAUAGUAGGGUUUUGUUAUACAGAGAUGUGAUAUGAUACAUAUGUCUCCUGGGAAUAAAGUUGGAAAGGUCUAGAAGACACAGUUCAUCCAGACAUAAUUGAACUAAUCUCUUUUACUGACUAGUAGUUAGAUUCAAAUUAUCACUAGAUCAAAUUAUUUUGAGCCUCUUUAUAAUUUGGCUUGACUUACAUAUAACGAAGCUUGAGUUCUUUAAUCCUGGAUCAAGGGUUUUCUCUUUUGUUGGCAGAUUUCUCUUUUGAAGUCACAGAAUGGAUCUAAAAGUUUAGCUUUUCAAGUUACUGAAUUUUAAAAUAAAACAAGUUAAGAGAGCUUCAAUGUCUAAUGGAGGUAAAGGACUUCUAAAAAACUUAAAUUUUUCCAAAAGAAUUUGACAAUUAGAAUAUCUGUACAUCUCAGAGAUGUCAAGUCACUUCCACAUUAUUAUAUUUUACACUAUUCUAAUGAAAGCAAUUUUUAUAAACAAACAACAUCCUUUCUUAAUCUGAUAUACUCAUUAGUCACACUACCAUUUUUCUUCAAAAAAGUAUCUUUGGUUUGUUUCAUAUUAAAAGAAAUUUUCUCACAUAGCAGAGACAAUGUAAAAAAAAUUUUCAAAUUAUAAUUCCCCUAUCUUGAGAACAACCAUUUUUUUGUUAAGAAUAGCAAAGCCACUAAAGAAUUAUUACCUAUCAAAACAGGAUAAAGGAUAAUGUAAUACAGAGAUUUCUGCAUAUUAGGAAGGUGUACCAUUGAGCCACAUCCAUCCCAAGGGGAAAUUGUUUUCAUUUUGUAUUAGCAAAGAAGGAACAGGUUAACUACACAUUUAUCCCACAAAUUGUAAAUUCAAUAAGUAUUUAUUCUAUUAAUGAUACUCUUUCAAGUAACACAUCUGUUCUUAACCGUGUUUGUACAUCAUAUUUAUAUCUUCUAUUGGUCUUUAAUUUGUCACAAUAGCAUGUUUAGUUGGUAUGUUAUCAAAUCAAAAAGGAAUUCAAAAUAACUAAAAUGCUACUUCAGGAUCCAUACUCAGUUGGCUCAGGAUCUUCAAUUCAAUAGUCCUCAUUAAAGGAAGAUCCAAUGUUGUCUCCACAUAGUCCAUGAUUAUAAGAAAACUCUAGGGACAUAAGAAUUAUUGUUUUUCAUAUAUCCUGUUCAGAUUUUAUAUUUAGUCAUAAUCAUAAUUGUCUACAUGAACUAGUAUAUGAAGCAAUAUUGAUAUGAACUUUUAUUGAUUGUGUUUUUGUGCUGGUGCUCCAGUCCAAGGCAAGCACUCUACUACUGAGUUACUCCCCCAGCUGACAUCUGAACAUUUCAGUACAGUUUGUUCGUAUCUAUAAUUCCUACAUAAGACAUGCUUCUGUUUUCUCUCUUCUAGAAAGAGCCAAUAUCAUUUUAAGUGUUUGAAAUCAUGGUACAUGGUGUGAAAAAAUCCAGUUCCUAAAAAUAAACUACACAUUUCCAACGUUUUAUCUGGAAUGCUCUGCGUCUUCUGGAAUGUCACAAAUCUUUUCUACAUUGAGUUAUUUGUAGAAUUAGCUGCUUGUGCUUUAGACAGAGCUUGCUUUAAUGUAUUUUUCAUUUAAGCAUAUCUUCAUUCAAUCUGAAAGUCUGGAAUACUAUUAAUUCUAUUGCCUCAAUUUAACAGGGGGAGUAAUAUUCUCUCUUUAUGGUUCUGAACUGUAGAUAUUAUUAUCAAAUCCAUGAUGAAAUUUCAGCUGGGCAUGCUUUAUUAGCUAUCAUAUAUUUGUUUUCCGUCACUAAAUCUUCUUCAAAUAAGGUCUUUAAAAACUCUAAGAAAAUAAAAGCUAGUAGCCACUCACUCGCUAAAGAAUUUGUAAAUGAAUGGGUUGUUUUCCCAUCAAAGUGGUUGAUGUGAUCAUUGUUAAAAUAUAUUAUCUAAAAAAAAAUCGUUGUCAUAUACGCUCAAAGUAUUGUUGAGACAAUGCUGAAUGUUAAGACAAUAAAUGAAUAAUAAGGCUUUUAAAUUUUUUCUGUAUUAUAUGGAAAGCAAAGUUUAAUAUAUAUGAAUGUUUUUCAUGGGACCCUUUAAUUUAAUAUGUUCUCUCUUCCUGUACUAUAGUUGUUCUUCAAGGGAAAUUGUAUUAAUAUAUUGAUACUAUGCAAAUCUCUCAUUUUCUUUAUUUAAAAGCAUGGAGCUUCUGUUCAAUUUCAUGGUUUUUAAUGAGUUCUUUGAGAGUGGAAAAAUAUAAAUAAAACUUGCAAUGGUAGCAUUUUCAGUGAGAGGGGCACACCAUUGGAAUGGUUGUAACAGAAAUGAACAUGAGGAAAGCUUGAUUUUAAAGGUCACUGAAUGUGUUUCAUUUCUGUUAUCAUACUAAUCAUUUUGUUAUUAUGCCCCCCCCCCAGAUUGUGACAUUGAAAACCUGUGUGUAGAAUAUAAAUACCUUUGGGAGAUUUUCUUUUCCAUUAACUUAGUUUCCAUUUUGUGUGCAAAGAAAAUAUCAACAGUUUUAAUUUUGUUUUGAAAGGGUAAUUUUCAACUAGCAAUUGUUGCUAAAAUGUUAGCUUUACUUGUAAUAACAGCAUACAUGAAAGGUUUCAAGCAUAUCAAUAAUUAUAACUUUAAUACAUAAUGUUACAUACAAGCAAGCCAAAAGCUAGGAAAAAGAAUAGUUUAUGUUAAAGUGGUUACUUCAUUUAAAAAGAAAACUAUCAGAAAAGAAUCAGUUAACAUUACGUCAUGUUGUUCUCGCUUGUAAUUUUGAAACAAAUGCAUUUUGAGGAUGUGAAUAUUUAUUGUAAAUAACUCUACUCAUUUUUGUGAAAAUAUAUAUUGACAUUGAACUAGAAAAAAAUAUCUUAUGAAAACACCCAAAUUAAACAACUAUUUUUUAAAAAUACACUAGGAGGUUGUGGUCGUAUUUGAAUGUUCUUCUAUUAAUGCAUUGAUUUCUUAGAAAUGUAAGCAAAAUGUUUUUAAAAUAUUAAUUCAUUAUAUGUGACUGUCAAAAUAUUUUAUACAUGUUAAUGAAUUACCCAAUUCAUGGAUUUAUUUUUCACUUCUGUCAUUAAAUUUAAAAGAGUAUCUAAAAGAUAUUGAAGAGCUGACAUAAAAGGGUUUACAGUCAACAUGCUUUUAACUAGUUACUUAUAUUUUACACAAUAUUAAAUGUUUUUAAAAUGUGGUACUUCCUAUAAAUUUUAUAAGAUACUUUUGUUUUUAUGAGUCACCCUUGAACUUUAAAUGCUUAUAUUCUUUAUUUCCCCAGUUGCUUUCAGAGUCACUUCUUAAGAGCUUGGAUUUAAAAAAGACAAUGGUUUUCUUUAGUUCAUUUUUUAAAAUAGAGUCUCCCUAAGUAGCCCAGGCUAUCUUCAGUAUCCUCCACUGCGGUCCCUGGGGGCUGAAAGUACAGAAUUGUGUACCAGAAUUGCAGCUGCAUGUUUUAUAUUUUCAUUCAAUCACAUAAUGUUAGGAACUUUUCAGUUCUCAAAAAGUUGAAACCAAAUGUCAUCAUAGUAGCUACGAUUUCUUUUUUUCAAAGGAUUCUUCUUUUAUCUUACACUAGUCAGGUAUCCUAUAAGGUCAGCUAGAAAAAACAAAUUGCUUUGCUUUCCACAAGAAGAAAGUGAAUUUUGUAUAGUAAUGUUUAAUUUUUCUAGUAAUUUUUUAACUUAUGUUUAUCUUGUGUUUAACAUUUCACUGAAUAGGAUGCUCAAACAGAAGCAAAUAAGUAUUCAAUUUUAUAUAAUCUGUUUAUCUCUUUCCAAGUUUCCAAAGCCCUCUGAAAAAGUUAAAAUAUUGCAUUCUCCUAUUUUACAACUUUAACCACUCUACAUUAAAUAUAGAAUUAUCUAUAAUUUAAUGUAAAUGCUGAGAAUAACAUGAUUUGCCUAAUUUUUAUCCUAUCUAUACUAUGUAAUAUUUAAAACAACAGCAAAAUAAAGAAAAUAAUGUCAGUUUACUCACCCAAAACUGUAAAAAUCACUCAACUUAUUAAAAUAAGUAUAUAUACUUACAUGCAGAUUUAUUUUAAAUGUGUUUAUUAUAAAUACAGACAUCCAUCAAUGUACUAAGGAUUACAGAUGGACAAGACAAGCAAGGUCCAAUAGCAUAACAUUGACAUUUUAGUAGUAAAGACACACAAUCGCCAUGUGUUGUGAUCAUCAUGUUACAUAUAUGUUACAGUUACAGGUGACUGUGACUUCACAGUAAGUGGUAAAAUAAAUUGGUACAGAUAUGAUAUCAAACUUCAAUCUGGAAAAACAUAAAAGAAACAUCCAUGAGAGAAGCAAGGACAAAGUUACACGUAGAAGGAGGAGCUAACAGUCGGGAAUUUGGAGUGUGGGAGAAUACAGAGAGUAUGUAUAGCAGUAGUAGUAAGGAAAAAUACAGAAUCAAAGUGUGUGAACAAGGCUGCAGUGGUUUAAUAAAAAGGGGUAGCUCAUGUUAGAGUAGAUAUGCUGAAGACAGAGACAAGUGGAAGAGUUUGGAAUGAUUUAAAACCAGGUUUACUCAUCAGUAAUUGGAAUUGGGAUUGGGAAUGAGGGAUGAAGAGAUAGAAAAGACAAAACUAAAUUUGCAUUUGGGGAACCUGCAAUUAAUUUAUUGACAGUGUGUAGGAGCAUUGGAGGGGAAAAUCAAAUUUGGUUUUGGCUACACGGUGCCAGAAAUAAACAGUAGAUAUUCAAGUGGAACUAUUAUGUAGGCAGCUGUUGUCUGGGAGAUAACUCAGCAGUAGAUUGCUUUACUUGUAAGCUUGAUAAUGAGUUUAAGCCCAAGGAUCCCUGUUUUCCAAAACUUAGCAUAAUCCCACAGCUGGUAGAUGUAGUCAAGAAGAUUCCUGAUGCUCGCUGGUCAGCCAGUUCAGCCGUAAGUUCCAAGUCAGUGAAAGACCUGUCUCAACGUAAUUGUGGAUAGCAACUGAGGAAGGACACUCAAAUUGUCACCUGUCCUCUACAUGCACAGGCACACACAAGUAUGCACAUACACAGACAGUUGUAAACCAUUGUAUCUGAGAGUUCAAAAGAGCUCCUAAGACUGAAGAUCAGAAUUGACAUUCAUUAGUCUAUAUAGCAGCAUUUAUAUUUUCAAACCAAGAACCCUUUACAGUAGAUAGAAAACUAUACCCAGGACUGAGUUUUUAAAAAAUUUCAGUGCUUAGGGCUUAGGCAGAGAACAAAAAGUUACCAAAGUAAUCCAAGAAGUAAAAAGAUAAAGUACAGAAAAGAGAAAUACAGUUGAUUAAGUGCUUUAAGUCAAGAUCAGGGCUAGAGUGAUGGCUUAACAGUGUAUACUGCUCUGGCAGAAUACCUGAGUUUGGUUUUAGCACCGGCAUUCAGGAGCUCACAACAGUUGCCUAUCACUGUAGCUCCAGGGAAUCUGAAGCCCUCUUCUGGUCUCUGGAAGCAUUUGUAGUAAUACGGAGCAGUAGGGCUGCGUCCCCGGCACCCGGCCACCCGCAUGGCUUAUGCCCCAAAAUAAUUACACGGAAACUGUAUUCUUUUGAACACUGCCUGGCCCAUUAGUUUCAGCCUCUUAUUGGCUAGCUCUUAUAUAUUGAUCUAACCCAUUUUAAUAUUUUGUGUAGCACCAUGAGCUGGCUUACCAGGAAAGAUCUUAACCUGCGUCUGUCUGGAGUGGGAGAAUCAUGGCGACUCCCUGACUCGGCUUCUUUCUCCCAGCAUUCUGUUCUGUUUACUCCACCUACCUAAGGGUUGGUCUAUCAAAUGGGCCUAGGCAGUUUCUUUAUUAAUUAACCAAUGAAAGCAACAGAUUAAUACAAGACCUACCUCCAUCAUGCAUUCCCACACAUGUGCACAUACACAGAUACAUAUACAUACAAAGUUAAAAAUAAUAAAAAUAAGUCUAAGAGAAAAGAAAAAAUGAAUCAAGAUCACAAAGAAGUCAUUGGAUAUGGCAACUUUGUCCAGAACACUCUCUCUAAAGUCCUUACUGAAGGCAGUCUCCACGAAACAGUAAAGUCAAAGCCUGCCUGGAAGAGACUGAGAAGAGAAAUAAAAAUUGGAACUGGAAUCAGUGAACAAGUCUUCAGAAGUAUUUGUUGUGACAGAUGCCAAGAGAAAUAGGACUGUAGCAAAGGAGCUGUGGGGUCAAGAGAGUUCUGGGCUUUGUUUUCGGUUUUGUUUAGAUGAAGAAUGUUAGAGCAUAUUUACAUACUAAUGAGAGUGAUUUGGCAGACUGGAAACUGAUUAUGCAGGAGAGAAGAUAAUUGCAGAAAGAGGCUGAAGAGGUAGAAGGUUUGUUGGUAUUCAAGCAAAGUGUAAAGGUUACUUUUAACAGGAACAGGUCCACAGGACUCCAGUGCAAGGGAAGGGAUUAUGCACCGUGCAGCUAAAUUGGUAGAUCUGUGGUAGAAAGGCAAAGAUGUUUUCUGAGUAUUUUGAUUUGAGCAAGAAAAGUCAGUGUAGGGGUUGGGAAGGAAAAAGAGGUUGAAAAAGAGAUAUGUAAUUUGUUAAAGUAGAAAGGUGAAUACAUAUAAUUUGUAUACACAGAUUUGAUUGGAUUUAUGUAUAAUAAAUAGUGAGGAAAACAUAAAAUAUGUCAAAGGCAUCUUCAUCAUAUAUAUCUUAUUAGAAGUCCUGAUACUUGGGUUUUCAAGGACUCUAAAGAGUCUUCUUUGUCCAGAUCAUAGAGAUUGAGGACUUCUCAAGGGUGUGAGUAUUUCUUCUGUUUUCUUACGUAUGCUUGCCUAUUACAGGGUAUAUGACAGCAACAUUUUGUAUAUAUUCUAUUUGAAAAGCUAUAAAAAUUAAAAUUACUUUAGUCUUGAAAGAGGUAUGGUAUUUAUUUAGGCUGUCAAUAUUUUCAAAUUCUAUUGGGGGUGUUAAACUCCCAUAAAAAUUUUAAAAAGAAAAAAAGUUAUGCAGAUAUUAACCUUCUAGGAUAAAUUACUUGUUUUGUUUUCAGUAGAAAGCACUAAAAUAUUUAUGCCAUUUAGAAGUACAAGGGCAAUAUAAGGUUGUUUUGUUCAUUGUCCCUCUCAACUUAAUAGACAGGUUUUUUGUUUUUUUUUUUAAACAGUGCUUGGUGCUUCAUUUCUGAAUAAGCUGUAUCUGACAUUUAAAGAUGCAUAUUUCUUCUUUGGGCUUUAUGUGAAAUUAAAUUGUGACUAAUGGGAUAAGAUUGUUCUCCAGAUUUUUGCUGUUCUAGCAUAACCAAAAUAUAAAAUGUAAGUAUACAUGUAAAUGUUUAUCUGCAUCAACACUUUAUUUAGUGCCCACCUCAAAAGUUAAAUGGUAGACAUUUCAAUGCACUCAAAAUAUUAAGUAUGAAAGUCUUUGCAAAACAAAUCCUAAAAAAAUACUAAAUUGUAUAUUUCUUUCAUUUUAAUUUUUUGUGUUUUGAGAUAGGGUUUCUCUGUGUGACAGCCUUGACUGUCCUGGAACUCAUUUUGUAGAUCAGGCUUGACUCAAAUUCACAGAGAUCUAUUUGCCUCUACCUCCCGAGUACUGGGAUUAAAGGCAUGUACCACCACCGCCCAGCUAAGUAGUGUAUUUCUAUAAAAUAUCAAGAUAACAUCUGUCUAGAAUGACUUAUUUAAUCCAUCACAAAGAUUAUAUUUGACUAAUUAAAAACUGAAGCCAAAAUAUUUUCUGUCCUUAUAUUAAAGACUUGUAAAGACUUGUCUUUGUAAACUGACUUGAAGCCAUUUAUCCUCAAAUGUUAGCAUUAUAGCCAUCUUUUCUUGCAAGAGGGUAUAGAUCUGCUUGUGACCCUACAAGGAAGAGUAGCACCACAUUAGGUUUUCUCGGUUUGGAAUCAUAUCACUAUUUAGGGCAUACACGUUUCCUCCCAGGUUGCUUACACAGUCUAUGUUUUCUUUUUAGUUGUAAUUACAAUAUGGUAGAGACACAAAUGUAAGUAAUCGAACUGCAAUCCCACCUACUACCUACUUGUUCACAGCAGUGGAGCAGUCCAGAUUUCAUCUUAUAAAAAAUCUACUAUAAUAGUCCAUGUAAAUUUUCACAUGCUGGCAUGCAUACAAGCUAAUAGUGUUAUAGAAUGUCCAGUUCUCAGUAUGAGGGAUUGUUUAUGGUAAAUUGCAUUAUGUAUAUCAUAUAUUUGCUGAAAGAAUAUGGCGUUUAGCAAAACGACCUGCUGAACAACAUAGUAAGAUUUUUGUACAAAGUACAAAUUGCUAAUUAUUGUAUUUUAUUUUUCUAUAAUUUCCUAAA